AUGGGUGGAAAAAAAUCGGAUCCUUCGGUAGCUUAUAUAAAAACAUCUAGCAAGACGAAUGAUUACACUGACGGUUAUGAAAGGGAUUAUGUAAAAACUAGUUUCAAGAACUCUAGUGAUAAAGAAAACAUAGUCACAUCGUUCAAUGAUGAGGAAGAGGAAGUCAAUUGGCUCGAUCUACCAAUGAAAUCGUCGACGAAGAAAGUCAGAUUGUGCACAAUGUGUGGCCGUUUUAAAGGUAUCAAAAUGCGGCGAAAAUAUUUUAUUCUUCUAUGUAUCGCAAUUAUUCUACUUCUAAUCCUUGUCGGUGCUUUACUUGUACUUUACGUUAUUGUUCCGGCUAUUGUUCGUUCAACGAUCGAGAAAGUUGAAUUAUCUUUCCGAUGGAUUAAUAUUGAAGAUAUUAAAAAUGACAGUUUUCGUCUCCGUGCAGAAUUGGAAUUGUCUCGAACAGGAUCGAUUGCUGCAACGAUUCUUUCACCAUUGGUUAUUCAUGUUGAUGAUGUUGGAGUUGUACGAAAUGAACAGUCGAUUAAGAUUACUGGUGAUGAUAGUAAACCGACAAUAGUUCCAAUUGAUUCGCCAUUUGUUGUAACUGAGCAAAGAUUGUUUGAUGAUUUUACUCGUUCUCUUCUGUUUGAAUCGGAGGUUGUAUGGUUUCUGAAAGCGAAAUCUACUAUUCAACCAAUAUCAUCGGCGAUGCCUGUCUAUUCAAAUAUUCCGUUCAAUAAGAAAGUUAAACUCGAUGCUUUAAACGGUCUUCGAAAUGUAAGUAUUCAGGAAGUCGAUCUUCGUCGUUCGACCACAAAGAAUAUUAUUGUCGAUAUUGUCAUCGAAAUUGCCAAUCCAUCGAUAUUUACAAUAGAUCUCGGUGCUCUACAAUUUUCCUUACGUUAUAAUAAUCAGUCCAUUGGCUAUGCGAAAUCAAUUAGUCGUAAUAUUACUUUAGUUCCUGGUUCGAAUGUUGUACCUUUAACUGGCGAACUUCAAUCAGCAUCUUCUGAAGCAUAUGCUGCACUUUCCUCUGUCAUCGAAAACUUCCUAACAGGAAAAACAAGUCGAGUAGGCGCGGUAGCUGGACCAAACGCAACUUCAUAUUCUUUACUUGCCAGUGGCAUGGAAGGUCUUUCAUUAGUUGUACCUAUGCCACCCUUCGAUGAACAAUUGAUUCCUUCAUUAGUAUUCGAUUCGAUGUCACUUAUUCCAUCGGCAACUGAAAAGACGGUGAUGUUGUCAGCGUCGAUUACGAUUAAGAUCAAUUCACCGCUCGGUCAGCAAUCUCCACUAGAGAUUCAAACGAUGGACAUGAGUGUGUUUCUUUAUUAUGAUAACAAUCCCGUUGGUAUGUUAAACGUUUCUCAAGCACCAGUGAAACAAAUCGGUCAUAGUACAUUUUCAUCACAAUUUGAGAAUAAAUACUUAUUAAUAUCGAAUACAGGAAAAGCGUAUGAGAAAUUUGCACAAGAUUUUAUCACUGCUGAUAGAGCGACUCCGAUUUCAUUUCGUGUUGCUGGAACUGCCUCGAUCGCUGGUUCAUUUGCACUCGGUCCUCUGAAUAGUAAAGGUAUCACUGUUGAGAAUACUGUUUCAUUGGUGGGUCUCGAAGGCCUUCGAGAUGUACGCGUGCAUAGUAUCAUAGUUGAUGGAGAAAAAGAUAACGCUCUCCAACUUUUAAUUAAUACAACUAUUGGCAAUCCAGGUGUCACUGAUGUUCAACUUGAAAAUUUCGAACUUUUGAUGGCCGAUGGGAACACAGAAACGGUUAUUGGUCGAGUACCCAUUAGUGUGCUAGCUUUGAAACCAGGCAGCAACAACAUAAUACUUCACGGUCUACUUGCCCCCAGACAGGAAAGUGAUUUACCCGUUGUUGGUAAAUUCUUUUCUGCAUAUCUCAAUAGUCAAACACAGUCAGUUCGAUUGUUUCAUGAUUUGUCUACAGCAACGGAACCAACUGGUAUGGAUUUGACUGUUAGCGGUCUUUCAAUGUCUGCCGAUCUUGAUGGAAUUCAAACGCAGUUGAUCCGUCAAGUUGAAGUUCUCGAUUUUGGUAUUGAAUUCGAUCGGCAAAAUGUCAGCCGUGUUUAUGUCACUGGUCAGUUGUCAGUUCUAUUUGAAUUACCAUCCAACGUCCAUAUGACUUUCAAAGCAUUAACAACAAGCAUUGACUAUGUGAUACGUUUUAAUAACGGACCCAGUAUGAGCCACAUGAUUCUUCAUGAUUUACCUGUUAAGCAUAAUCAAACAACGAAUGAACUUUCGAUGAGUUUUUCGAAAGAAGAACUGAUUGUACUCGAUCAGGAAUCAUUCAAAGCAUUUUCAGCUCAGCUUGUUUUGAACACAAGUGUAUCGAUAACAAUUCAAGGCACAGCUGCAGCAGUAGCCGAGAUUGAAAUCGGGCAUAUUACUUUAACAGAUAUUCCAGUGAGUGAUACUGUUAAGCUGACGGGUUAUGAUCGAUUCGACAAAGGACUUUUACAUAUUGAUAAUAUUGACCUAUCGGGAGCCAUGUCAUCCAACGAACUAGCACUUCGUGUGAAAACCAAAAUAACAAAUCCAUCGGUUGUUAAUAUUCGUGAUGCUGGUCGUCUUUCGCUCGAUUUACGAGAUGUAAAAAGUGGAGUCUCUCUUGGUUUAGUGAUUAUCGAUCCAUUCUAUCUUGAUCCUCAAGGAAAUAGUACAAUAUUGAAUGCAACAGGCACAUUCGCUAUAACACCCAGCAAUACAGUUGUAGCUCAUCAAUUUAUUUCUGAUAUGAUAUGUGGAAUAGAUAAUGAUGUCGAACUGCGUGGAAUAUUACCAAAUAAUUCAGUAGGCACGUCUGUUUCGUUACUAUCCACAGCUAUUGCUGGUCUACAAAUUCACGCCACUGUUCCCGGCCUUCGUAACGAGAGAACACUUGUACGGGAAAUUCUUCUGAAAAAACUGUCUGGAGUUCAAAUAAUUGGUAUUCCACUUGGCACUGUUAAAACACUCUCAACGCGACUCGUAUUGAAAAAUCCAUUUAGUUCGUCUAUAGCUGUAACAAAAAUGGACGUCCGAGCUGAUUUUGGCGAGAUAUUGAAUGAAGACAAACAAAUUGGUACUGUUACCAGUACUACGCUUAUUAAAAUUGGUCCCUAUGAGGAAAUCACAACUGACUACAUAGAAGUCAAAAUUACUGCGAAAUUAUCAACAAUGGUAGCGUUGCUACCUCCUCUCUUAGCCGGCAAGAUUCCAUUAUCUUUAAAUGGAACUAUCGGCGUUCUCAUUGAUAAUAAACUGGCUUUGCAAGACCUACCACUAACUUUGUUAAACAUAGUUAGUACUCAAGAAUCAUCCGUAAGUAGAAUUGAGAUAGAAAGGAACACAAACGGGAACAAACAUCAACCCGUAAAAUACAAAUAUACGAUCAAGUCGUCCACGAUGAUUGUACAUCUUGGUGGUCUGGUGGCCAUUGCCAUUUUUUAUAUUUUAAUUCUACUUGUGGGAAUAUGGGCCGGAAAAAAGCAAAAAUCAUCGGAAGCAUCGCCCGAUACCGAAGAAAUUAUGCUAGCGGGAAGAAACAUUGGCCUACUAGUCGGUAUCUUUACAAUGACAGCUACAUGGGUAGGAGGAGCUUACAUAAACGGUACUGCUGAACAAGUUUUUUCCACUGGUCUGCUUGCUUGUCAAGCACCGAUUGGUUAUGCAGUUAGUUUAAUUGUUGGUGGGUUACUAUUCGCACAGCCGAUGCGAGAUGCGGGAUAUGUUACUAUGCUUGAUCCAUUUCAACGUAAAUAUGGACAACGGAUGGGCGGGCUUUUGUUUAUUCCAGCUUUGCUCGGAGAAGUCUUCUGGUCGGCAGCGAUUUUGUCCGCGUUAGGAGCAACAAUCAGUGUUAUUUUCACCGAUAUUUCCAUAACAGCAUCUAUUGUUUUGUCAGCUGCCGUUGUCAUCAUCUAUACGCUCUUCGGUGGAUUGUAUUCGGUAGCCUAUACAGACGUUGUUCAACUCGGUUUUAUCUUUAUUGGCCUGUGGAUUGCUGUUCCAUUUGCUAUGCAACACAAAAGUGUUGGCGAUAUCGUUACUACAUGGCCUGAAUGGCGUGGGCAUCUCGAUAAAUCACAAAUGGUAGAAUGGACAGAUAAUAUGUUGCUAUUAAUUUUCGGUGGAAUACCCUGGCAGGUGUAUUUUCAACGUGUACUAUCAGCAAAAUCAGCGAAAAAGGCAAUGUAUUUGUCAUUCUGCGCUGCGGUCGGAUGCAUUGUAUUAGCAAUACCACCUAUACUCAUAGGAGCGAUCGCAAAAUCUGCCGAUUGGAAUAUGACUGACUAUGAUAUCAAGAAAGAUAUUCAUUCACCUGAAGUGACGAAAUUGAUUUUACCAUUGGUUCUUCUGCAUCUAUGUCCAAAAUUCAUCGCCUUCAUCGGCUUAGGCGCAGUUUCUGCUGCAGUUAUGUCGAGCGCUGAUUCAAGCGUGCUCAGCGCUAGUUCCAUGUUUGCUCGAAACAUUUGGAAACUUGUUUUUCGUGAUCAGGCAUCGGAAAGAGAAGUAUUACUUGUCAUGCGUAUUGGUAUAUUUCUUGUUGGCAUUGGCGCAGCUUGCAUUGGCAUCCUUGUGUCAUCUAUUUACGUUCUUUGGUAUUUAAGUUCGGAUCUCGUCUAUGUCAUAUUAUUUCCUCAAUUGCUCUGUGUGGUCUAUGUUCCACACACGAAUACUUAUGGGUCACUGGCAGCAUACAUCGUUGGCUUUUUCUUUCGAUUUCUAAUUGGUGAACCGUUGUUAGGUAUUCCAGCAACAAUUCAUUUUGGUCCAUACAUUCCACCGAAAAGUUUAUGCAUGCUUAUAUCGUUGGCAACAAUAUUAAUUGUUUCUCAAUUAGUUAAGUGUCUUUUCGAAAGACGCAUUUUACCACCUAAAUAUGAUAUUUUUCAUUGUCUUGUUGAUAUACCAAACGAGAUUUUGCCAUUGAGAGAGAGUUCGACAACCGAUGAAUUGCACUAUCGAGUUAUUCGACCAGCAACAGGCCAGCAAUACUUAGCCGAACCAUCCAUGCUGGUUAAUAACUCAUUUUCUCAAAGUCAAGAAGGUCUAAGUGCUUACGAUUAA